CGGGAGGCUGCGCCUGCGGCGCCCGCCCGGGACCCGCCACACUCUGCACUCGGCCGCUCGGGCUGCGGGGACCGGACGGGUGGCUGCUCGGGCUUUGCGGGCUGGGAGCAGAGACCAGGCCGGAGCCCGAGCGGCAGAGGGAAGCCAGAGGGCAGUACACGGAGAUGGCGGCCUCGGCGGCCGUGGCGGCCGAGGAAGGGAUGGAGCCGCGAGCGCUGCAGUACGAGCAGACCCUGAUGUAUGGCCGGUAUACUCAGGAACUCGGGGCCUUUGCCAAAGAGGAAGCUGCUCGGAUUCGCCUGGGAGGCCCUGAGCCCUGGAAGGGGCCCCCGUCCCCUCGGGCUCCCCCAGAGCUCUUGGAAUAUGGACAGAGCCGAUGUGCCAGAUGCCGCAUCUGUUCAGUACGCUGCCACAAGUUCCUAGUAUCCAGGGUUGGUGAAGACUGGAUCUUCCUGGUCCUCCUGGGGCUCGUCAUGGCACUGGUCAGCUGGGCCAUGGAUUAUGCCAUUGCUGUUUGUCUACAGGCCCAGCAGUGGAUGUCUCGGGGCUUAAACACCAGCAUCUUACUCCAGUACCUGGCCUGGGUUACCUACCCUGUCGUUCUCAUCACUUUCUCAGCCGGAUUCACACAGAUCCUGGCCCCUCAGGCUGUUGGGUCUGGCAUCCCCGAGAUGAAGACCAUCUUGCGGGGAGUGGUGCUGAAAGAAUACCUCACUCUCAAGACCUUUGUGGCUAAGGUCAUUGGGCUGACCUGUGCCUUGGGCAGUGGAAUGCCCCUUGGCAAAGAGGGCCCUUUUGUGCAUAUUGCGAGCAUGUGUGCUGCCCUUCUCAGCAAGUUCCUUUCUCUCUUUGGGGGUAUCUAUGAGAAUGAAUCUCGGAACACGGAGAUGCUGGCUGCUGCCUGUGCUGUGGGUGUGGGCUKCUGCUUUGCAGCACCUAUUGGAGGUGUCCUGUUCAGUAUCGAGGUCACCUCCACCUUCUUUGCUGUGCGAAACUACUGGCGGGGCUUUUUUGCUGCAACCUUCAGUGCCUUCAUCUUCCGGGUCUUGGCAGUCUGGAACCGUGAUGAAGAGACCAUUACUGCUCUCUUCAAAACCCGGUUCCGGCUCGACUUUCCCUUUGACCUGCAGGAGUUGCCAGCCUUUGCUGUCAUUGGCAUUGCUAGUGGCUUUGGGGGAGCCCUCUUUGUCUACCUGAACCGGAAGAUUGUACAGGUGAUGCGGAAGCAGAAAACCAUCAAUCGCUUCCUCAUGAGGAAACGCCUGCUCUUCCCGGCUCUGGUGACCCUGCUCAUCUCCACUCUGACCUUCCCCCCUGGCUUUGGGCAGUUCAUGGCUGGACAGCUUUCACAGAAGGAGACAUUGGUCACCUUGUUUGACAACCGGACAUGGGUCCGCCAGGGCCUAGUAGAAGAGCUAGAGCCAUCCAGCACCUCACAGGCCUGGAGCCCACCCCGUGCCAACGUCUUCCUCACCCUGGUCAUCUUCAUUCUGAUGAAGUUCUGGAUGUCUGCACUGGCUACAACCAUCCCUGUGCCUUGUGGGGCCUUCAUGCCUGUCUUUGUCAUCGGAGCAGCAUUUGGACGUCUGGUGGGUGAAAGCAUGGCUGCCUGGUUCCCAGAUGGGAUUCACACAGACAGCAGUACCUACCGGAUUGUGCCUGGGGGCUAUGCAGUGGUUGGGGCGGCUGCACUGGCAGGAGCAGUGACACACACAGUAWCCACAGCCGUGAUUGUGUUCGAGCUCAUGGGCCAGAUCGCCCAUAUCCUGCCUGUCAUGAUUGCCCUCAUCCUGGCCAAUGCUGUUGCCCAGAGCCUACAGCCCUCACUCUAUGACAGCAUCAUCAGGAUCAAGAAACUGCCCUACCUGCCUGAGCUGGGCUGGGGCCGCCACCAGCAGUACCGGGUGCGAGUGGAGGACAUCAUGGUGCGGGAUGUUCCCCACGUGGCCCUCAGCUGCACCUUCCGGGAUCUGCGGUUGGCACUGCACAGGACCAAGGGUCGCAUGUUGGCCCUAGUGGAGUCCCCUGAGUCCAUGAUCCUGCUGGGGUCCAUUGAGCGCUCACAGGUGGKGGCCCUACUGGCAGCUCAACUGAGCCCCACCCGCCGGCGACAGUACAUGCAGGAGCAUAGAAGGCCCAGCAUCUCCACCUCUGAUCAGGAGAGUCCUCCUAGCCCAGGGACAUCUGUCCGCUUCCAGGUGAACACAGACGACUCAGGCUUCCCUGCCUCCCGUGGGGAGACUCACAAACCCCUGAAGCCUGCUUUAAAGAGGGGACCCAGCAAUGCCACCAACCUCAGGGAGAGUCCUACAGGCAAUGUGGAGUCAGCAGGCAUUGCCCUCAGGAGCCUUUUCUGUGGCAGUCCACCUCCUGAGGCGGCUUCAGAGUUGGAGAAGCCAGAAUCCUGUGACAAGCGCAAGCUGAAGCGGGUCCGAAUCUCCCUGGCGAGUGACUCGGACCUGGAAGGCGAGAUGAGCCCUGAGGAGAUUCUGGAGUGGGAAGAACAACAACUAGAUGAACCUGUCAACUUCAGUGWCUGCAAAAUUGAUCCUGCCCCCUUCCAGCUGGUGGAGCGCACCUCUUUGCACAAGACUCACACCAUCUUCUCACUACUGGGAGUGGACCAUGCUUAUGUUACCAGUAUUGGCAGACUCAUUGGAAUUGUUACCCUAAAGGAGCUUCGGAAGGCCAUCGAGGGCUCUGUCACAGCACAGGGUGUGAAAGUCCGACCACCCCUUGCCAGCUUCCGAGACAGUGCCACCAGCAGCAGUGACACAGAGACCACUGAGGUGCAUGCACUCUGGGGGCCCCGCUCCCGCCACGGCCUUCCCCGGGAAGGCAGCCCUUCUGACAGCGACGACAAGUGCCAGUGAACCCUUCUGUGGGUGGCCCAGGAUGGUGGUAGCCAUAUCCCUUCUGCCUUGGGAAAGCAGGAGGCAGCUGAAGCUCCAGUCCCCUGUCCAGACCUGGGAUGCUAGCUUCUCCCAGUCUAUCCUACCUGGAAUCCUACCCAGCACCCACCUGCAGGAAGAUUUCCAAGUGCAGGAAGAUUGGCACCACCCUGGCAGGAUGGGUCACUUGACCCCUGCUCCCCUUUGAAGGGAAAAAAGGUAGAACUAAGAUGGRUUUAUACUGGAACCUCCAAUGACCAGAUGUAUAUAGAUAUUUACAAAGAUUUUUAUAUUAAUUUAAUAAAACAAAUUCUUAAAUAGAACAAAAUAAACACCUAAUGAGCCACUUAUAUAUAGAAUGUUUGUGCCCAUUGGCUCUUGUUCUUACCUUGGGUCCUCUUACCUGCCAAAGCCUAUAAGGCUCUUAAUUCUGCAGUCACCUACCCUCCCCACAGCCUUAAAAUUCUGGACUCCAGUGUCCUUGGAAUACAGGAUCUGCCAAAGAUCUCCAUGCUGGGUCAUCAACACCCUGGUUGGGGCAGGGUCCCUGGUACUGUAACUGUGGCCUUUCACUCAGCCAAGAAAGGCACUACCCUUUCCUCCCCUAGGAGAGGCACUCCCUCAUGACCAUCACUCAUUGGCACAAUUCCAAGCUGGCUGCGCAGGCAUCAGCUGACAAUUUCCUGGCACCCCUGUGGCCCCCUUGUGGCCCUCUCUGGAAGAACAUCGAAGUCACAGCUCUAGCAACCAGAGCAACCCUUUCUUCCAGCUCCACCCUCAAGAGAACUCCAAGUGCCCACACAUCCUUGGAAGUCUGGGAAAGGGCCCAGGCCUCACGGGGAGGGGGGCAGGAAAAGGGUACAUGCUUCCAUCAUUCCAGUGCCUCCCAGAGAAGAUCCGACUGAAAAAACAGACCAGAAACCCUCUGUCUUUAGGGAAAAAGAAGAAGAUUUAGAGACAAUGGAGAGGUGAAGCACAGCACGUGCCCCGCUGGGCAAGGGGUCCUUAGGGGUUGGCUCAAUCCACAGGAGCCAGCCCCCCAGGUGGAGGUGAUUCUAUCAAGCACUGCACAUGGACUCGGAGGUGAGGAGAGAAGCAGAGAGAGGCAUGGGGAGGGCAGAGGAGGUGGCCAGGCUCCCUCCCAGUCCAUCCCACAGCCCAGAACAACCUCCUCAGGGGUUCACAUCAUCUGAGGAGAAAAUGUGGCAUUUUAGAUUUGAGAACAUGAACAUCACUGUCUGCCACAGCUGUAGCCAUGCCCCAGGGGCCCCGGGCAACCCCCGGCAAACCCCAGGAGUGGGGGCAGGACAUGCGCCCCCAGCCCGGCCCCUGGCUCCUCUCCAAACACU